UCCCGGGUCCCGGGCACUUUGGGCCCCAUGGCCAGCUUCCCCGCCCGUGGCGGCAGCGUCCCCCCGCCGCUGCUGCUGCUGCUGCUGCGGCGCGCGCGCGGCUGCUCCUCCCAAUGGGCUCUGGCCGCGGCCCGCUCCCCGCUGCCGGGGCGCCCGCGCUGCUGCACCGGCGGUCCCAGCGCCGCCUCCGGGCCGCCGCCGUCCCCGGGGCAGGCAGCGCGGCUCGCGCGGCUCCUGGGGCUCCGCGCCGGGCCCCCCGGCGGCCGCAGGUGCAGGACGACCGGUGCAGGAGACGGGCCGGCUCCGAGAGCCCCAGCCGCCCGGGUCGGGAGCGAGGGCUCGGCUACCGUCGCGGCAGGAAGUGGCAGCGGCGUCCGGGACGACUCGCCCCAGAACCCGCCGCCCGUCGGCCGCUCCGAGGCCAAAAAGCUCCUGGGCUUGGCGUAUCCCGAGCGCUGGAGGUUAACAGCUGCGGUUGGAUUCCUGACUGUGUCCAGUGUCGUGACCAUGUCUGCACCCUUCUUCCUGGGAAAGAUUAUCGAUGUCAUUUAUACAAACCCUGCCGGGGACUACGUGAACAACCUGACCCACCUCUGUGCCCUUCUGAGUGGAGUGUUUUUGUGUGGUGCUGCUGCGAAUGCGGUUCGUGUCUACCUCAUGCAGACUUCAGGUCAGCGCAUUGUGAAUAGAUUGAGAGGGACUUUAUUCUCCUCUGUUCUAAAGCAAGAGGUUGCCUUUUUUGACAAGACCCGGACAGGAGAGCUGAUUAACCGCCUGUCCUCAGACACAGCGCUUCUGGGGCGCUCAAUAACUGAAAAUCUCUCCGAUGGGUUGAGGGCCGGAGCUCAGGCCUCAGUUGGCAUUGGAAUGAUGUUUUUUGUUUCUCCCAAUCUGGCUGCAUUUGUUUUGGGUGUGGUACCUCCCAUAUCUAUCCUGGCUGUGAUUUAUGGACGGUAUCUACGAAAACUGACCAAAAUGACUCAAGAUUCCCUUGCCCAGGCCACACAGCUAGCUGAAGAACGGAUUGGAAACAUAAGAACUGUCCGAGCUUUUGGGAAAGAGCUCAAUGAAAUGGAGAAGUACACCAGCAAAGUGGAUCACGUGAUGCAGUUAGCAAAGAAAGAGGCAUUUGCUCGAGCAGGUUUCUUUGGAGCAACAGGAUUUUCUGGGAAUCUGAUUGUACUUUCUGUCCUCUACAAAGGUGGAUUGCUGAUGGGCAGUGCCUACAUGACAGUGGGUGAACUCUCUUCUUUCCUAAUGUAUGCUUUCUGGGUUGGAAUAAGCAUUGGUGGCCUGAGUUCUUUCUAUUCAGAGCUAAUGAAAGGCCUAGGUGCUGGAGGACGCCUCUGGGAGCUUCUUGAGAGAAAGCCUAUGCUCCCUUUUAAUGAGGGCAUUUCAUUAGAUGAAGAAAACUUCCAGGGUUCUCUUGAGUUCAAAGGAGUAAGUUUUGCUUAUCCAGCUCGCCCAGAGGUGAAGAUUUUCCAAGAUUUUAGCCUUUCAAUUCCAUCUGGAUCUGUCACAGCACUGGUUGGACCAAGUGGUUCAGGGAAAUCCACAGUGGUAUCACUUUUAUUAAGGCUGUAUGAUCCUCUAUCUGGAACUAUCAGUGUCGAUGGUCAGGACAUCCGUCAGUUAAAUCCAUUCUGGCUGAGAUCUAAGAUUGGGACAGUGAGCCAGGAGCCUAUUCUGUUCUCUUGCUCAAUUGCUGAAAACAUUGCUUAUGGUGCAGACAACCCUUCCCUGGUGACUCCUGAAGAGAUCCAGAAAGUUGCUGACAUAGCUAACGCUGCUACUUUCAUCAACAAUUUUCCUCAAGGCUUUGAUACUGUGGUUGGGGAAAAAGGUGUUCUUCUUUCAGGUGGGCAGAAACAACGUAUUGCAAUUGCUCGUGCUCUGCUCAAGAAUCCCAAAAUUCUUCUACUGGAUGAAGCAACCAGUGCACUGGAUGCUGAAAACGAGCAUCUUGUACAAGAAGCUCUGGAUCGAUUAAUGGAAGGAAGGACAGUGUUGAUUAUUGCCCAUCGCCUGUCUACCAUUAAAAAUGCUAACAUGGUUGCUGUUCUUGAUCAAGGGAAAAUUACUGAAUGUGGAAAACAUGAAGAACUUCUUUCAAAUCCAGAUGGGCUAUAUAGAAAAUUAAUGAAAAAGCAAAGCUUUAUUUCAGCAUAAUGAAAUGUACACUAUAAAUAUAGUAAAUCUAUGCCAGAGACUUUAAAAUAAAGCAGAAGUCAGGGGAAAAAAAGCUUGGAGGAUAUAUAUAAAAUCUAUAAUUUAAACUUCAAGUUAUUUGAAAUAUAUAUUUUUGCAAAGUGUAUAAAAUACUGUUUUGAAACUUAACUGUGUUCAAAACAUUUUUAUUCAGAGUUUUAAUAAUUAUUGUAACUUUCUAUGUCCAAACCACCAAAAUUAUUUCAAGGUUUUAUAUAAUUCUUUGUCUUGUUAUAUACUAGAAUAUAGUGUGACAUAUCAUUUUCUUUUGCCUCUUGUUAUAUACAUUGGAAACAUUGUCAAAUGACAAUUUUAAAAAGGGAAAUUAAAUUAAAAAACCUGAUUACUAUAGGCCAGUUUAACCUUCUGUGUAAUUCUCUAAGCAAUGUUCUGCCAGCUUCGUGUUGCUUUCUUGGGAGAGCUACAUAAAAUGAGAAUGCAGCCCUUUUAAAACAUAUUUUUUUAUCGAUUCUCUUUCGUCCCGUUUUAUAUAACUGUUCAUUCUCAGUGAUUGCUCCUGGUCUCCAGUAGACCCCCCCCCCCCCUUGUAAGAAUGUACCCUUAAGAGGGAAUAAUGGACACACUCAAUUGAGUGGAGUAAUCUCUGUAACUCUGCAGGAAAAUAGGAGGGGAAGGGGAUAAAGAGAGAGGGGCAAAAAAAAGAAGGGCAGAGUGGGGGAGGGGACAGAC